UUGAAAGAAGCAGUACUUGAGAAGAUGGAGAGCAAAGAAAAAAAGCAAGAGGAAAUCACAAGAAAUGUGAAUCACAAGAAGUGGCACAGCGAGUGGUGGGAGAGAAAAGCAACAUAUAUUUGUGGCUUGUGGUGCAGGAAGAAACUCCGCAGAAAUAUUUAG